AUGGUGUGUGUGUGUGUGUGUGCGCAUGGGGGAGUGUCUAUCUAGAGGCGACUCUACACUUCACUUCUGACGGCGCGCGCUCAGCACACUCUCCGAGCGCGCCACUAUCAGGUGGAUUUUGAUGCCGAUUUAAAAAGAAAAAGAAAAGAGAAAGAAAAAAAAAUAGAAGAGAAAGAAAGAAACCUACUCGAGACAUUCGACGUGCAUGUGACACUGAAACAGAAAAAUAAAAGCAGGAGCAUGUUUGUCUACGGGGUUUUGCCGCUGUUGCUGUGCUGCGCUGUGGAGUUGAGCGUCGCGCGCAGGAGCGGUGCUGAAGACGGCGAGUCUGUGGAGAAGAUUAACAGCGCGCGCUGCACCUCGCGCUGCCUCACGCUGCACAUCACUCAGCUCACUUCCGCCUUCAGGCGCCUUCAGAGCGAUGAGGUUCUGGGCUGGUGUGAAAACCAUAGGAGAUGUGCUCAGUGCCUGCAGCCAUGCAAGGAAUUAUGGGAAACCAGAAGAGUUCUUUCUCACAAGUUUUGCGAGAAACACCAUGAGUGUGUCACCAGUGCCGAGUUCUUACAGUCACUGCAGACGCAGAAGCAAGGUGAUUGUCCUUCUCCUCAAAGGGCAUCAGGCUUUGCAGCCGCCUGCGUGGAGAGCUGCAGUGCUGAUCAUGAGUGCUCUGGCUCGAAAAAGUGCUGUUCCAAUGGCUGUGGACACACCUGCCAAGCACCAACCAAUCUUUAUAAAGGUGUCCCCCUUAAGCCAAGGAAAGACAUGGCCUUUACAGAGGACCAGCAGGGACAGCUGGAGGUGACAUGGAUGUCUAAGUUCAAUGUGUCUAUUGAGCCAGUGCUGUAUAUUCUGCAGAGGAGAUGGAACCAUGGCAUUCAUCCCAGCGAGGACGACGCCUCACCCUGGCACACUAUUAUGAUGACCAUGGAGGAGCGAGCCUUGCUGAAGGACGUCCGGCCCCACAGGUGGUACCAGUUUCGUGUGAGCGCAGUAAACAGCCAGGGCACACGUGGAUUCACCACUCCUAGCAAGCACUUCUUCUCAACACGAGACCCGUUGCCCCCAGAGAGGCCACAGAACAUCAGCACCACGAACCAGACGGUGAGCGCUGACGGCAGGGUGAGUGUGCUGCUUCGCUGGGACCCCCCCAGAGAGGGAGACCUGCAGCUCCACCAUUACAAAGUGACCUGGAGCGGCCCGAGUGGAAAGGAAAGCAGCAGGGUCGCAGACGGGACUCUGACAGAGAUGGAGCUGGCAGGACUCCAGCCAGACACACUCUAUAUAGUUAACAUUCAGGCAGUUUCUUUCUGGGGACAGAAGCGCUUGAAGAGCGGUCGCACACAGCUCUCCUUCAGAACUGCUGCUUCCACUGGCUCAUCGCCAAUCUCACGGGACUUCUCCAACGAGCUGCCCAUCUCUCGCUCGUCUCCCAGGGUACUCCGACUCGAUGCCGCGGCUCCCCACUACCACAAUAACCAUCUACAGGUCAAGGUGUUUUGGAAGAGUCGACUCCCAGAAACCCAGCGGGGUUCCACUUCAUACCUUUUAAGUUGGUUUCCAGAGGUAUGUGCUAAUAACGUGACCAAGAGAGAGAGAACGGCUACUGUACAGGGCACACAUUUUGUCAUCACAGACCUUCUCUUUGCCUGCAAGUACAAAGUAACUGUGACACCCCUCUCUGAGCAAGGGGAGAAGGCUGGGGCCAUGACCUCUGUCACUACCCCACAGUGCUCGACGCUGAAAGGCCGUGGGAAGAAGCUACUGUCCUGUGCCAAUGAUGAGCGCCAUCUUCAGGCAAAGAAAGCUCUCCAGCGCCCUGAGAAAUUGUUAGCAGUGUUUCAGACGGUGAAUGGCUCGCUGGAAGGUCUGUUCAGCUGGCAGGUGUCUGAGACCACACCAGGCCAAACACCCAUUACAGGAUUUCAGUUCUCCUGGCUCAAAAUCUCCAGCUGCCGUGGGAACAAAUGUCCAGAAUCGCUCAUCUCUCAAACGCUAAAUCUGGCACCUGAUCAGCACUCGGCCAGGGUGGGGCAGCUCCAGCCAAAGUGUGUGUAUAAGGUGCAGGUGCAGGCGCUGUCUGAAGCAGGCAGUGGGCCCUCGGUGGCCAGAAUGAUAAACACUCCACAGCUUAAUGGCACGCCACUAUGAGGCUGUACAGUUUUGAAGUACCAUCAUAAACAUCCCAAACGCUCCAAUUCUCCCUAUAAAAUGUGUUUCCUUUCUUAGUAAUUGCUUGGAAACAGAGUUACACUGCAUGACAAUGGCAUUUCAAUUAAAUUUCCAACAUCAACAACAAAAUACAAUUCAUUAAAAAAGGUUUUGUAAGUUAAAUGUUCAAAGAAAUUUCAAGCCUAUAUUAUUUAAAUGUAUUUUAUCAUGUAAAAAUGUGUAGCACUGAUGUAUGUAGAGUGUAGUGAGAGCCGUGUACUGCUUUUUUUUUACCACGUUAGUUCAUGUAUUCAUUUUUUUUUUUUUUUAUGUUUAGUAUUAUUACAAUUCUGUUACAUUUUUGUGCUGUGCAAGUAUAGUUCUAAAUUAUUUUUCAACAUUUUUAUCAUCCACUUACAGUCUACUGUAAUCUUCAAGUAUUUAUUGUGAUGUAGUAAAAAGAAAUCCAUGAUUUAUGUCAUUCUCUGUGCUUAUAUAUUUACCUACAAACCCUUUGUGUUAUGUAUCUUCCACACCAGGCAUCCAACUGUUUUUUGACAAAGAACACAACACCCAGGUGAAGUUUAUAACCGUGAAGGGUUUGUUGGAAUCGCAGCAAAAUGAACCCAUACCCAGGUUUACAGUUAUUACACAAAUGAAUAAAUGAAUUACAUCAUCAGUGCCAAAAAAUUGCUAUAAACAGUAAUGUACAGCUUACGGAAUGGUUAUAACAAUUACCUUUGCGUCAAUGUUACAAACGCCAUGUGUUUUUUUUAUUCAUUUUGUUCAUUGUUUCCGUUGUACAAAAAAAAUGUUAUACCUUCUGUAAAUAUUGCACUUGUGUUGUUACAAAUAAACAUUUAACGAAAUUCA